AUGGACAAGGACUUGGGCAACAGCUUGUCUCAUCCCAUGCAGGUUGAGAUGGGCUUCAGCCGCUUCCGCGAUCUGGUUCGUUCGCAUGCGAUGUGGCAGUCAGGCUUUCGCGGCGUGGUGGCCGGAGAGGUCAACUCUGCAGAGGUCAUCGGAGACGUUGGGAGCUGCUUCUUGACGCUGUUCGAGCGCGCAGACAGAAUCGGGUGGCACACCCGCUUGGGUGUCGGUCGAUACACGGCAUGCUCUCUGCGGAUGAGCGGCGUCCCCCCCGUCCGACCAGGCGCGCUGCUUGUCGAGUCAGAGGCGUCGCCAGCGAGGCCGGCAGAUGGUGCUGUGCACUUCCGUUUUCCUGCGUCCUAUGCUCUUCACCCGGUUCUCGUCGCGCGAGGCUUCAUGACAUUCCGCUUCUUUGAGCUGAGCUUCCGGGUGACGCGGCCACAUAGUGGCGCAGAGAAUGUCACGAAGCUGCACUUCGAUGCGCAGGAAGCCGGCACACUGCUCUCGGCAAUGUUGUCGCGCCAGGAAGGUGAUCGCUCCUGGCUAAAGUUGGAGAUGCGUGCUUUUCCCGCCAUGGGCAUCACCGUUUGUGAAGGCGCCGUCUAUGGAACCGAGCAGAGUGCUUUGCUCCGCAUCUCCCUCACACCGGACCUCCGACUGCGUGCCAGCGCGGGCGGAUCGAUGGUGCUGGACUGUGCUGUGGAAUCUUCGGCAGUGAGCAUGCAGCGUGUGAUGCUCUCUGCCCAAAGUACCUCGGUUGUUGAAAACAUGACGUAUCGUCUGUUCGGCCCUCGCGGACCAUAUCGCCCUCCUCAUGUGAGACACGGGCCUUCCGGCAGCGUCGAUGGCGAGAUCCCAAGACUGAUUCACCAGGUGUGGCUCGGGCCAAAAGCCCCCAGCCUUCUGAUCAGCACCUGGCAGGCCUAUCCCCUCUUUGCAUCUGAAAGCUGGGCCCAUCGUCUAUGGCAAAGCGACGAAGAGGUCUUGCAGGCCUUGGCCGAGCUCCAGGACGACUUGCUCAAGGAUUGGCGGCAACUCUACGACGAGGAGCCGACCUUGGCAGGUCGCUCAGACCUGAUUCGCUUCGCUUUGCUCUACGCAUAUGGCGGAGUCUACAUCGAUGCAGACUCUUUCUGGUUGGGUCCUCCAAGCAGUCUCGAGAUCCUGUUGGCCAACGCCAGCUUCGCGGCUGCCUGGGAAAAUCAGGGGAAGCUCUAUGUGGCCGCAGGAGUCAUGGCCAGCGUUCAGCACGGUUUUGUGGUUCAAGAAGUCUUGGAGAUGCAGAUCCAGAGAUUCCAGCACUGCCGACUCGACUGGGGUCGCGGGCCAUGGGAUGCUCUGGCUGCCGGCGCGUUGACGUACCUUGUGACUGCUGGCCAUUUCCUCACGGACAGCCCCGAGGUGAAGGUGCUGGAUUCGGAUGUGUUCUACCCGCUACGCCACAGCACCGAUCCGUGGCAACAGCUCGGUGGCUUCCUCCCGAAGCUGGCAAAGCAUGGCGCUGUUUCCAUCGACCUUGGCUUGACGAGCAAUCGGUAUCCGGAUGGAGCGUUUGCCUUUGGGUCACUGCCGGACACGGAUGCCACACCACAUGCUCUUCUGGAGGGCUUGCUAGCUGAUGCGGAAGGGCAGCCUCAGUUGAGGCUGCCAACGUUCCCACGAAAGCAUGUCCUGCAACAGACGACGACAGGCCCCCAGCAGCUGAUGGUCGUUGCGCACGCCGAUGAUGAGGUGCUUUUUGGAAGCGCGCUGCUUUCGGAAGGCCCCUCGUGGAUGGUGGUCGUUGUCACGAUGCCGACAGAGGGCUAUGACGACAGAGAGAACGAGCUGUUACAAGCGCUGGCAGAGUUUCCACAAGUGGAAGAAGUCCGCCUCCUCGGGUUCCCGGAGUGCUCGAAGUGCACUCCGCUGCAUCCUGCCUUCUACCAUGACCUGAAGUACAUUCUCGAUCGGUACUGGUCGCGCCUGGUGACACACGGCCCGCUUGGAGAGUAUGGUCACCCGCAACACUCUGAGCUGCUUUUUGCCUUGCGUGCACGCGGGACGGGCCCGGUCCCUCUGUGGGUUUUCCAGCCACGGAUCAUGGACUCCGAGCCACCUGGGCCGCGCAGUGCAGCGCUUGCCGCAUAUGUGUCGCAGAGUGAGGUGCUGACGCUCUUCCGUCGGUGGUCUGCUGAUGCAGUUCCGCUACGUCAGUUCAACUUCACGCUGGCGAAGGAAGUUUGCAUGGCUGGGACGAUGGGAAGUCGAAUUUACCAGAAGACUUGCUUAGCGCAACCCGACCGAGGAGAUGACCAGCUACUCGGCUUGGAAUCGCUGGCGACGGUCACAGUGGGCCUGUCUUCGGAGGUUGUAGGUGCGCCGCACGCUGCUCUGCUUGAGGCACCUCUGCUGCGUCGGCGGCUGCUGCGGGAGGCAACACGAAUCAGCCCCCUGGGUUUUGCGUGCACUUUUGGUGGCCCGGUCACCGUUUCGUGGCUCGGGCUUUCCUCCGAGAACUCUGCCAGGAUGCUUCCCAUCGGGCCUUUGCACGGCCGGCUGUGGGACGAUGGAAUCCGACCUAUUCUUUCGACGAUGACCUGGCUAGCAAGGCGCCUGCAGCCGUUUGCUCAGGGAACGCCAGCGCAGGUGUCAUCGUCCUCCAUUCGAGACUGCCCUCUCUUGAUUGGUCCUUUGGCCGUCCUCCUCGCGUUUCUGAGCAGUGCUGCGGCGAAGGCCAAAGCAUCGUGGAGCCUCUGCGCCCACGUGCUCCGUGAUGAUCUUCCAGGUUUGGCUGCCGAGUCGCCGGAGGUCGGGGACGAGGCAGAGGUGGCUGCAGCCCUGUCUGAAGCGAUCCGGAGUUCCGCGACUUUCGCCCCGGCCGGAGGUUCCAUUCCUCCUCGGAGGUGUGUGUCGCAGGACGGGUUGCGCAGAGCCUGGGCGUGGUCUGACCGACAUGCGGCUAAGGUCCUCCGGCGAGAGGUGGGUCCGACCGAGCAGAUCGGUUGCUGUUUCACUGUCGAGCGGCUGCCAAAACGGGUGGUGGAGUGGAUCUAA